AUGAAAAAUCGUGAAGCUCGUCCCACUGGAUCUGUUUCAUUCAUAGAAGCAAAUAUGGUAGCAACACGUGAUAAGUUUGAAAGAAGACAAAACAAUUAUCAGGGCCAUAUGAAUGUAUGUGGGCUUGGCAAGAGACGAUGUAAUAAUCGUCAUCGUGGUGGUCAUUCUAAAUGGGAGAAUAAUAUGGGUUCUCAAAAUAAUCCUUCAAGAGAAAAAUGCAAUAACUAUCAUCGAUGUGGUAUGAAAUGCCACUGGAAACAUGAAUGUAGUGCGCCUGAAUAUUUUGUCAGGCUUUAUCAAAACGCCACCAAAAGAAAAAUAUAUAAUGUUAGAGCCUCUUCUGCUAGUACCCCGGUGGAGUCGCACUUGACCUUUCGAAAUGAUGCUGAGGCAGGGCCUUCAAACAAAUAUGAUGAUAAUGCCGAGGCAAAUCAUACUUUUAAAGAUGAAGACUUCUUUGAGGACCAAAAUUGA